AUGAACACAGGUGAAAAAGCGCCUAAGAAAUGCCGAGAUAAGAGAGCAUGUGACUCCAAACAGCGCCGAGAUGGCGCUGCAAAACAAACAAACGCGUGGAAACGCAUUGUACUCAUUUGCUGCCGCGGGAGACUUCGAUCGCGAAGACCGAAUGCAACACAAAGCAAAGACCACAUAAGAGUAAUUGCAUGGCUCAGCGAGAGAGAUACGCUCGCUGCACGCCUUAUGAAUGCAAGUUUCACUUUCGAAAAUCAACAUCUGCGCAUACAUACAACACCCGGUUCAUGUGCAAAGACAGCAAGUGUGAAGGCGUGUCGUUCUUCUCAACAGUCUAGCUUCACUUUUGGUAUAAAAGAGAUGUAUGUGUUUCUUCUACAAACUCCCCUUCUUUUUACUUUUACUUUACUUUUGAUGCAUUACUGCUCUUUAUUCAAGUUUAUUUCUACGCUGUCUAUAUUUAAGAGAGAGUCGUUCCUUACGUCAGUCUAUCUUUACUUCCGAUUCAUUACCGCACUUUAUUCAAGUUUAUUGCUAAGUCGCUUACAUGGAGAAGUUUCCGUUGUUUCUACGGAGUCGCUCUUCACGUCCUUGUAG